CGGCUGCGGGGGAAGGGGCGGGGCCAGGGCCGGAGUGAGAGAGUUUGGCGGCAGUAGCGGGGCGUGUGAGGUGUCGGUGGGAGGCUCGGAAACAAGCUCACUUCUCCCUGUUGGAAAUCCAGCAACAGGAUGAGUCUGCAGUGGACUGCAGUUGCCACCUUCCUCUAUGCAGAGGUCUUUCUCGUGCUGCUUCUCUGCAUUCCCUUCAUUUCACCCAAAAGAUGGCAGAAGAUUUUCAAGUCCCGCCUGGUGGAGUUCGUAGUGACCCAUGGCAACACCUUCUUUGUGGUUCUCAUUGUCAUCCUUGUGCUGCUGGUCAUUGAUGCUCUGCGUGAGAUUCGGAAGUAUGAUGACGUGACAGAGAAGGUGAAUCUCCAGAACAACCCUGGGGCCCUGGAACACUUCCACAUGAAGCUUUUCCGUGCCCAGAGGAAUCUCUACAUUGCCGGCUUUUCUCUGCUGCUGUCCUUCCUGCUUAGACGACUGGUGACUCUCAUCUCCCAGCAGGCCACUCUGCUGGCCUCCAAUGAAGCCUUUAAAAAGCAGGCAGAGAGCGCUAGUGAGGCGGCCAAGAAGUACAUGGAAGAGAAUGACCAGCUGAAGAAGGAAGCUGCUGUCGGUGGCGUUGAGUUGAGUGCCAGGGAGGUGACUUUGGAGUUAGAGACCAGUAACCUGAAGGCCGAUCUGAAGAAGCUGAAGGAUGAGCUGGCUAUAAACAAGCAAAAACUAGAGAAAGCUGAAAACGAGGCUCUGGCCAUGCGGAAGCAGUCCGAGGGCCUGACCAAGGAGUACGACCGCCUGUUGGAGGAGCACACGAAGCUGCAGGUGGCAGUAGAUGGUCCCACGGACAAGAAGGAGGAGUGAGGGCCCCUCCCGCCCGUGGCCUGGCCUGAGCUCGAGCUCGCCACUUCCCGAGAGCCAGGCCUCUCUGGGCACUUGCACUUCCCACCCCUCACACUGCCUACAGUUCAUUGUUCUCCCAGCGCCCCCCAGAGGACCGGGCUCCCACCUACUCAGGAUGCAUUUGUCACCAGCUUGGCUAUCCAGGAGCAUGGUGGGCCCCUGGAACCCUCGUGAUGGGUCUUGCUUCUUGCUGGGCGGAGCCCCUUUUUUUGUUGCACGUUGAUGUUUGGGCUCCAAGUCCCCUUUUCUCUGCUCCUGCAGGAGGGUGGGCGAAGCAGGCAGAGUUUCUGUUGGGGGCAAUAAAGGUUAUUAUGAUGUGUC